GUUAUUCCCCAAGCUUCCUCUAGAGCUCAGCGCUUGUCUGAUCCGUCGUUCUUUCCCUCUCAUCGGGGAAGGCGUGACUGUAUUAGCCGGGCAGGGCGUUCUUUCUGCGGUCACAGGCGGCGUAGUCGUUCUAGGGGUGGGUCUUUCUUGGCAAAGGAAAACCCACCUUUUUCAUUGUUUGGAUCUCGAAGGAAUGUGAUGGUUUGAUCUUGCGGCGCAAGGGAGGGGGGUGAGAGAAGGAACUAGCGAGGACCCUGCUGAAAGCUGCUCUAUUCAUCCUCAAAAAGUAAAACGCGACUGAGUACUUUGCCCUUCCAGAGAGCUACCUCCGAAAAAGUGUCACCGUUCUUCUCCCGGUGCUCAAGGUGGUCAAAACUCACUUGGAUCACCAGUGAUAGUGGAGACAAGGCUGAAAUAAAAAGUAUUCAAAACAUCCUCCUGAAGGUAGGAGGAAAACAGGGACCUGUCCUUUAUAAUUUCUUCUUAAGAGUCCCGGGACCACUUAGAAAACACCACCAUACAAAUGUGUGCCCCUCCAUCAAACAAUCAUAAAGACUUCACAGUAGAUUAGUAUCAGAAAGAAAAAAUGACAGACACAACAAGUCGCCAUCUGAGACACAAGUUGCAGAGCUUAGGACGACGUCUGGAUGAGCUUGAAGAGGCCAGAGGCAAACUACAGAAAGCUGAAGAUGAACUUCUUGACAUUCAGGACAAAAUCAUUCAGGCUGAGGGUAGCAAUUCCUCACUGCUCGCCGAUGUGGAGACAAUGCGGAAGAGAUUGCUCAAAAUUGAAGGCAAAGAUGAAGAGGUCAGGAAAGCGGAGGAUCUUUGUCGUGAGGUUCGGGAGAAAUUAGAUCAAGAAGAGAAACUUACCAAGAAUCUUAAAGCAGAGAUUGAGCGUCUUCAGCGUAGAAUGACUGAACUUGAGAAGCUUGAAGAGGCUUUUGGUAAAAGCAAGUCAGACUGUACCCAGUUGUGCCUUAGUCUUAAUGAAGAGAGAAACCUGACUAAAAAGCUUGCAGCAGAGCUUGAUACCUUGAAGGCCCGUGUCAAGGAAGUGGAUACCUCUGAAGCUCGACUUGACAGGGCAGAAAAAUCCCUUACUGCAGAGAUGGAGAAACUAAAGCGUCUCACUCAGACUUUUGUGACUGAACGCAAAAGACUUCUGGAAAGGCAGAGAGAGGAUGAGAAAAACAUACUCAAGCUGACUGAGAAGCUUGAACGUCAGAAAAACAAACUAGGUCCAGCAGACCGCAGCCAAUUUGAUUCUAGAGAUCUUCGAAUUGAGGAUGAAUUCUCAGCAGGCCUUACAUGCAAACUGGCCAGGAAGAAGAGUCUUGACUACUUGAAGCAUUCAGGUGACCUAGAUUUGAGAAAUGAGUCAGAGAAUGAGAAAAAUAGCGUAGAGGGGCAAGAAGAUAAUAAAGUUAAAGACCUCAGCCAGGAAGUGGAAAGACUGAAGAAACGUUUGAAGCAAAUGGAGUUAGUGGAGGAGGACUUGAAAAACAUGGAAUCCAAGAAUGCUGAAUUGAUAGAAAAGUACCAGCAGGAGAGAAACCGUAGUCAAGCUCUCCAUGACCAGGUUGAGCAGAUGAAAAUGCAGCUCAGUGGUUGCAGCAGUAGUAAUGGAAACUCUGCAAUUACCAGCACUGCAAAGGUCCUAGAGAAUGGCAAGGCAGAAACUGAAGAGAUCCAUGUACGAGGCUUCAGACAGGAGAAACCUAAAUUGCUAAAUAGGAGUCCUGCUGCUUCUGAACCAGUCACCUCAAAAUACAAAAGCAGAGAGGCAUCUCCUCAGCAGAGGCGAGAAACUAAGCAGAGGAACAAAGACCUGUGUCACUCCACAGAAAGCUCCCCAAAGACUGUACGAAGGACUCUUAGUCCAGCACAUAGUGUCAGGAAAGGUAUGAGGACUGGUGCUUCCAGUACUACUUCUGAUAAUGGGACAAAAGAUGGAAAGAAAGAUGAAAAUAUUGGAAGUGCCUCAUCAAGUACUCUCAGUGAAAGCAAGAAAGUUUCAGUCCUUAGUCGCUAUCCUCCAGCUGCUAAUGACCAAAAGUCUUGGAAGCCAUCGGUCAAGCAAAUCGACAGUGAUAGCAAUAAGAGUCGAACAGAGAAGUUGUCCAGGUACCCUGGAAAUGAUAGUGAAUCAAACAACUCUGAUGGGUCACUCCUAAUUUCAGCCAGUGCUGCUGUCAUUGCUUCAUCUGAGAAAGGACUAACUGAACCUGAGAGUCUAGAUCAGGAUGCUUCUGCAAUGUUGAAUAUGUCCAAGGCAAAUGGUUCCUAUACUGCUUACAGAUCGCAUGUAUCUCCAUCUGUUCUGAGUGACCAUGGUUCUGAUGGUCACUCCUCAGCCUCCGAAACAGAAUCCACUGGCUCCAGACGAUCGGCAGGUGAGCAAAACGACCCCCUGAUGUCAAGUGGAAGAAAAUACACUAGAUACUCACAGCUGCAAGAAUCUUACUCUGAUGGUUCCUCAAAGGUCCCCUUCAGCGAGGAGCAACACAGGCCUCUUACGGUGGAAGGGGAUACCCAGGAAACUACGCAUUCUACCUCAGGUAUUGAGGUCCGCAGGGUAUGCAGCCCUCGUGAAGCCCUCCGGUCAAAAGCUAUCAUCAAGCAAGCCAUUGUUGAGAUUGAUAGAAAGGAAGUGAUGUCAGGGGGAGUCACAGAGCCUUUGACCACCAAUGGGAAACCCAAGAUCUCCACUAAGCCAGUAUUGACUAGCAAGAUGACCAGCAGUAUCACCUUUUAUCCCAAUGACCCCAGCUCCUCUCGAACAAGCAGUCGAAGCAGUAGUUUAUCAAGCGAGCCCCCUUCCAAGGAAAGGCACACUUCCAAAAGCAAUAUUGUCAUCAGCCCCAGUAUUGAGCACAGAGGUAGCAUCUCUAUACCUUACGAAAUAUCCAUCCCUAAAAGUGAGAUCACUCUACGUCAAAAUGAGGCUGAUGCUGACUUUUCUGAAACUCACAGUUACUUUGAGACUGCUCCUGUGGAGGCAGCCCUCGUAUCUCAAAGCAGCUUCAGCCUCCAGUCUUCAGAAGCUUCAGACUUGAACAAUGACAUUGAGUCUGGCUUUGAGAGCAGCAGUAGCAGCACCACCAUGACCAGCUGGAGAAGUCACCACAACCACCACUCAUAUGAUGACAGCUUGCCAGAAAUGAGAAACGUCACUGUCAGGAGCACUUGGAGGAGCCGUGGGGCAGCUUCUGUGGAUGAAUCUGCUCGAGCACUAAGGCAAGAUGGCUCAGAGGAUGAGGGCGAGUCUGCAACCACCUGGAGAGCGUAUAGGGCAACUACAGUGAUGGACACUCCAUCAAACUCCAGCACUGUUGCUAAUUGUGGAGGGAAACCAAGCCCAGUCGAAGUAUUCAUGCAUAGGAUCAACAAUGCAGCACCAUCGUUCCCUGAUCUGGGACGACGGAACAAGAAGACUCCUUCACCAGAGAGGGCUAUUGCACAUGAGCCUGUCAGUGCUCAGCAACUUCAGCCAAGAGGCCGUAAACACCCCAUGUCUGCAGAUGAUCGAGAAAGCGCUCCGUCCUCAUGGCGAAGGCAGCCUGCAGGUGACGUGGACCUGUACGAUAGGUCUGGGAGUCGUGGAGCGUGGUCUAGCAGAAACCGCACAGCUGAUGGAAGUCGGUCGUGGUCAAAUCGCCAUCUGGACAAUUGACCCAGAUUACCCACAUUUCCAACUAGAGUUCUUACAUCUCUUGUGCACAAGGAAUGAAACUCAUCUCAUCUCUUCAGUUACACCAUAUCUUUAAAAACCAUCAGAUGAACAGAUUUCCAGGCAGUGACACCUGGGAACCACCCCGUUGUACUCUUACAUAAACCACACCUGUAUGAAUUCACCAUCUUCCAGCUGUCGUUUGGGAACAGAAGUCACAUGUUCCUACAGCGAUGAAUCCUCUUCUGCUCCCCGUAGUGUAUUAAAGUCUUCAGAUGUGACAAGGGAGAGGAGCAGACAUGUGACUGCCUUGGUGUUUGGAGGAUGUGAAAGGGGCUUUGGAUCAGCAUUUUGAGAACCCCACACAGUCCUCCCUGGUGCCACAGGUCCUGGGAGAUUUUCAUGUGUUUUCACAAGGAGCAGGUUACAGCUUGUGGCUUUUUGAGUAUUUUGACAAUCUCACUUUUUUCUGGAUGGUGUUUAAUUCAGGAAUCAAGUGGGAUCAUUGCACACAGCUAAAAUUCAUUGAUUAUCCAGGUGUUCACACAUAGAGCCAGUAGUCAACCACAUGCUAAGUCUUCAGUAUGCAUUAAUGUACAUAUACCCAACUUUUCUUGCCUGGUGCCCAAGUUUAUUUGAUCUCAUUUGUAAUUUGCUCCUUGUAUCUGAUCAUGUCUAUUGAACUGUGUUCUUUUACUAGUUUGUUUAAUUCCUUCAUCUUCAUCUGUUUAAUUGGAUUUGAUGGUCUCACAACCAGCAUAGCGAAUACACAGGACCACCAACACUAAAAAGCUGGGGAACGCAUCUGCAUGUUGACUCCCCCGUCUCAGUAGCUCUGAAGGGAUGUUGGCUUUGGAUUCCAAACCAGCUAGAGAAGAAUCCAAUCAUCUAGAGUUCAUCUCGAUGUGACCUCGUCCAUCUGGGUAGCUAACCGGGAUUAACCCAAAUGCUGGACAUUUAUGGAGGAUUUUCAGAGCAGACUCCUCACAGCCGCUCUGUGACUGUACUCGCAAACUUGCACAGAAAGACAUUGAUCCGAACUCUCAGUGUGUCACAGGAAACCAGUGUUGGGGAUUCUGCUAGUCCGAGUCAGUCUAAAAAAAAAACCCUAGAUGGGUUGUUUUCAGUUAUUUCAGCUAUAAAGCUUGUUGAGCCUUGAGGGUGGCUAGCAUGACGCCACAGAGGAUCCAGAAUGCUUUAGUUAGGAAUGCCUGUGCCUGGAUAAAUGGCCUCACCAUUGAAAACAUCGGAAUGCCCAUCACUUUGUCCUCAUGCGGAAAUAUUAUUGAAUAGAGCUGCUGCAGUUGAAAUGUCUUGUACUGUUUCUAUUAGGUUUUAAACUCUAGUGCCGCCAAUGAUUUAUUUUCUCAUUCAGGCUCGGAUUCCUCUUGUCCUUGAAUACUCUAAAGUGUCUGUGUGUAUUAAUAUCUCCCUUAUACAAUACCAUGUCUCGAUCGAACCCGAUGAUGACGACGAAGGGUCCAUUAUCGCUCGGCCCGCCAGAUUAUCUCAGUCUCCAAUGUCACUGGGAUGUUUUAUUUUUCUGUUUGUUUUAAUCUAAUGCUGUACAUGUAAAGUUAUGGGAGUUGAUGUUCAGGUGGGCAGUUUGCUAUCUUACUUGGUUAUUACUGCUUUAAAAAGAUCCACGCCUCACCAUCACAGUCAGUUUUGCUUCGUUCUGGUUUCAUGUGCUUCUGUGUCCUGUAUUCAUCCCUCUGCUUGGGCUGGAUGGAGUCUUUGAAACACGAGUGGAAUUUUUUAUUUUUUUGUCUAUCGAUUGAUCCAUUUUAUUAUUUGUAAAUGCACUUAAAUCAUUAAAAGUUUUAUAAAGUACAAAAACAGACUACAUCCUUCUGAAAAUCAGUCAUUUCUGAUGUAUAAAUAAUGUUUUUACAGCUUUGGUUUGGAUUAUACCUCAGAAAUGGAGACACUACACACAACUGAUGUGGCUUAGCAGCAAAAAAUUUAAGGUGUAACGAAUAAUGUAAUGAUUUUACCACCCAACAUAAAACUAAGACUUCAUUUUCUACACCAUACAGUAUUUAUAGUAUAUAUUUUUCAUGAAUUUCUGAAAGUUUUUCAGUAACUCAUUAGAAUCCGGUCGGUGGUUUGGCUUUGUACUUCCCCAAAUUUGGGUGUCUGUUUUGUUCUGCACAGUAAAACCAAACAUGUGUCUUUCCAAAUGCAUUCCCCAGACUUCACCUCUACUUCCUGUUCAGGGGUCUUGGGCUGAAGCGAACAUGCUGGUUCCUGUAUCUCAUGCCCUUGCUUUCCCAGAAUACCUUCGUGCUCUGGGCUGCUGUAAUCCAAGCUGCCGGUCCCUAAAGCCAUUUUAUUAGCUGGCUAAAGCAGUGGCAGCAGGCCUGAUAUACGACCCCAGUGUUGGUUGCAGGUCGUAGGUCAGUGCUGCAUUUGAUGGGCGUAUAACUUGUGAGGGAGGAAGUGAGACCAGCUGGCAGCAAAAAAGCAGAAAGGGUGAACGGCCAACUCUUUGGGAUGGUGUCCAUGUGUGGUACCAAGAAGAACCAGGAGGGUCAGCCUGGAUUCUGUAGAGUUUUAGCCAUUUCUCAACUUCCACAAAUAGUUUCAGGCAUUAUGAAUUGUAAAUCCCUCUAUAAUAAAAUUGUGCCCGUUUAAAGCUUGCAAACAUGAUCCUAAAACUGCAGCAUGACCCAAACGGAUGUGAUGAUAUAGUGCGAGUCUGUACUGGAAAUACCAGCAGACUCUUCCCUCCCAACCCCCCGGCCAGGCAGAGGUCUCUCGGCUGCUCUGUGGCUUCAACCGCAGCUGUCGGAAACCAUCGUUUUUAUGUGCUCACAAGUCAGUCCAAAGUUUCUGAAAGAGGUCUUUUUAAAGAGGCUGACUGAAUCCGCAAUUCUCAAGGAAUUCUUCCUCAUUUCUCAACCCCAUUUACUAAUGUGUCCGUGUGCCGUUCGCCCUCAGAAGUCAUCUAACACAUGUCUCUGAUUUUCAUUCCUCCACUUGUGUCUUUAGCUGUCUGUGGAAAUAAUGGCUGUGAGCUUCGAUUACACGUCUCAGAACAGAUCAAAGGUUAUAUAGUUUCACACACUGUUCGUUUAAAAGAACUAAAUCAAGAAAAUAUAUCUCCCUACAUCAAGGUUUUCCCAUCUACAUCAAUUUUGUGUACAUUUAUGAAGUCAAUCUUAACCUAGUUAUGACACCAGUCGGUAAGCAUUACCAUAUUUAGCUUCUGACAGUUGGUGAUUACUCAGAAUGGUUUUUAAUCAUUUUUAGUAACAAUUUUCUAAGCCUUAUUGAAGAGAGCCUUAUUAAAUUAUUUUUUUUUCUAAAUGUCAUAAGCAAUAAAGUAAUAUUGAAUGUACAGAAGAGAAAUUUUGAAAGCUGUGUUAUACCCGCGUUGUGAGCCGGCAUUGGUCCUGAAAGGUCAAAAAUAGGUCACGGUGUCAUGAAAUAUCACUCCAGAAUCUGCACUUAACCAGCACUUAACGUAAAUGACUCUUUUAACCUUUUCCUUUAUGGAUUUCAUUUUCUAAUAUGCCUGUUUUUUCCCUAAUUCACUUCCCCCUAAUUAAUUGAAUGUACAGCCAUCAAAUAUGUAUAUAUAUAUAUAUAUAUAUAUAUAUACACACGUGUGUUUGUGCACUGGCCAAAAUGAAAGAAUAAGUUCACCUGCAGCAACUGUGAGACAGACCUUGUAUUGUUGGGGUUGACAAAUGGACUGUCCACAUUAUUUGUAUAGACUGCAAAGUGUUUUAUUUUAAUUUGUCAUUAUUCUUUUUUCUGUACGGCCAAGUGCUUUGUAUUGUCUGUUUCAGUUGACCCGUAAUGUGCCAAAAAUCAUUCCAAGAUAUUUUUGUAGUUUACAAGGAAAUGAACAGCUUCUUAAGCAUUAUUGAAAUUAAAAGGGUAAAUAUUUCUGUUGUCAAGCUUUUCCUUCAUUUGCUUUUUCCCCCCUCAAACUACAAUCGGAUAGGUUUUAUUUAAAAGUAUCCUGUAAUUUUGUAAAGUGGGCCAUGUUUAAGAUGUGUUAAUUUUUUUCCCUUUUUUGUUUAUUGUGUAGAUGUGUACCUUAUUGGGCUCCUGGAGAGUGUUUUUUGUUUGGAUUAUUAAUUUCAAUGUUUUAUUCAUAAUUUGUAUGAACUAUUAAAGUUAGCAGACUCAGUUAAAAGUGUUAAUUCACCAGCUUUUCAAGUGUUGCUUUUUUCUUUCAUUCUAAGGGAAGUGUUUAGGUAAAGUAAGAUGGAUAUGUUGAGCCAGAGGCUCAGUAUGGUUCAGUUCUGUACUGUUCUCAUCUUUUAUUAACCGCUCAGACUGUGGGUUUCCCUUCUGUUCAUUCAGGGUUCAUUCAUCUCCUGUGCCAUAUUAAAAGCACUGCCAAAGACAGAUUUCAGGCCUUAAACACACAUACGCAAACAUGCUGUAACACACAGAGUAACUGAAUUAAAGUUCACUGAUAUUUGCUUACACUGUCUCUCAAAGACACUGCACAUAU